AUGAUCUUCACUCGUUCAGUAGCUAUUUUCAUUAGAGCUUGUGGAUACUUUCUGGUUUUGUUCCGAGAGGAAGGAGUCCCUUCCGAACUUCUUGAUGUUCUAUGGAUCGCCAAGUUUGCUGCUCAGGCUGCAGCUCUUUGUUGUAUACUAGAGAGAAGUUAUGCUACCUUCUUUGCCAACAACUACGAAAAUUUCAAACGAUGCAAUUUUAUUGUAACCGCCUGCUCCGGAUUGUCAUACAUAGAUGCCAGUAGUGAUUUAGGUCGCAAAAUCCAUUCAUUUGGUUACGGUAUCUUUUUUGUAGUUACAACGACAAUGCUAAUUAAGAUCAACAGACGGCUGGUGAAAAAGUCGUCAGCGGGAAAGUGCAGACUAUCAGAGAGGUAUCAAUUAGCGGAGAAUAUCAAGGCUCUCCGGCUCCUCGUUCCAUUUGUACUUUCCAUAACUGGCAAUGCGAUCAUGUUAUCAAUUGGAAUUAUCUUUUUCAAUGUGGAUACUGUCUUCAGCCUUCCCGAAUGUCGCCUAGUCCCUUCAUAUCUUCCAGUCUUCUAUUUAGUUCUGAUUACAACUACAAUUCUCAACUUGGCUGCUCCUCUUUACGUACUCUAUCAUAAUCGCAAAACGCUCCAAAAUCGAAAAAUUGGAGUUUCGGAGCUAGGACAGACACAAAGAAGUACAGCUCAAAUGACGUGGGUUUUAGAUCAAAACGAUUGGAAACAAGUAGUGGGCGGACGGACGGACCAAUACACACACAAAUUGGGUCGAGCUGAAUGGAAAAAUGAAUGCUAA